AUGCUCCUAGUUUAUGACAAAUCGAUGGAGAACUUUUCCACACGGACCUUACCAGGAAGUACCAUCCCACCCAACAACCAUCAUGUUUCCGCCUUCAGGUGGCGGGCGCGGCCCCUCACAGCCCCUCACCCUAGGUCCCCUCACGCCGCUCACCCUAGCCCCUCACACCCUUCACCUAGCGACUCACACACCGCGCCGCACCCUAACUCUUCCCUCACACCCCUCAGCCUAGCCUACACCCCUCACCCUAGCCCCCCUUUCCUACGGGGCGGGCGUCGGGCGCGCUCUCACCACCUCACUCUAGCCCCUCCAACCACCCUCACCCUAGCCCUCACACCCUCACCCCCUUACAAACCCCCAGCGCCUCACACGCCCUCACCUAGCCCCGCCGCCCGCAAGCCCCCCUUCAUCCUUUCCCCCCUCACACGCCUCCUAGCACCCUCACACCUAGCCCCCUCACACCCCUCACCCUAG